AUGGCCCCCAUCGAACUGACUCCUGCUGUCUGUGAUCGCCUCCGCGACUCCAUCGACUAUCUCGUCUUGGUCUCCCGGCCUAUCGUGAGGGUGGAUGAGCUGGACGAGCUUGAAGACCGCGACAUAUGCGGCUUCACGGCUCGGUACCGCAUCAAGAUCGUCGACGGCUCCGGCGACGUUCUCCAAGUCGUCCUCCCCGCCAAUGUUGAGCUGGGCGAGGGGUCUGCCCCCCUUGGUAGCAGCCUCCGAGCGGGCUCGAUUCUACACAUCAACCAGAUGCUCCGCCUUCCGCACGGGAGGGAGCACAUCAUACUCAUCCACAGCGGCGAGAUUGUCACCGAGAACCACGAGCUCAUGAUGAGCGACUUGGAGAAAUUGCUCCUACAAGCCCUCAACGAGACGACCUUCAAAGAGCUCCUGGUCCAGAAAGGCCUGUCCCAGGAGAUGGUCGAUACCUUUUUCGCCCUGCUGUCGCAGAUCGAGGAAGUCACGCGCGAGGCCGCGGCGAGCCGCUCGCCCAGUGUCGGGCCUGUGGGCGCAAUGAGUCCGACCCAUUGA